AUGAGCAUGGCAACGCCAAAGAACUUGUCCGGGUACGACACCGGGGGAUUCUUGCAGGUGAAUUCGUAUGAGAACGAUGUUCCCAUUUACGAGGAUCCCAUGAAGCUGCCUUGCGACAAGUGCGAACUGCACUCAAAGGAGGUCGCGCCAGUCAGGAUGGGUGGCGCUUGCCACCAUUGCUGCGAGAAGCCAGAGGCGGCUAAUCCUGCGCAAAUCUCGCACCAACCAGUGCAGAAGGAGCGAAGGAACAGCCAGGCAGGGGGGCGCAUGACCUCCUUGAUGGAGAUCCAUCUGCCACGAUCUCACCUGCAGCCAAAGUACGAAGAAUCGGGCUCGCUUGGAGCACCUGGGUCUCAGGCCUACUCUGGCACCCAGCUGCAGAAGAGAGCAAACUUACAGGUGAAAGAUGGCGGAUUUGCACUUGGAAACUUCGCUGCCACCAACACUGGCCGCAUAGAGGACUUCUACGAGCUGGAGAAGCACAAGCUGGGGGAAGGGGGUUUUGGCUCUGUGCGGCGGGGCAGGGAUAAGCGCACCGGGAGAGUCUACGCCAUCAAGUCGAUCAGAAAGAAAGGGGUCGAGGAGCCGCAGAAGCUCAAAGAAGAGAUAGACAUCAUGCGGCUACUGGAUCACCCAAACAUCGUGCGAUUCCAGGAGAGCUUUGAGGAUCACAGGCUUCUUCAAUUGGUGUUGGAGCUCUGUGAAGGAGGAGAGCUCAUUGAGAGAGUCACAGCGCAAGGCUCCAUCACGGAGAGGCAAGCUGCAGGUUGUGUACGUGACAUGCUCCGGGCCAUCAACUACCUUCACAUGAAUAACAUCAUGCACCGUGAUUUGAAGCCGGAGAACUUCCUGCUUGCCACAAAGGAGGAGAUCGGCAAAUCUUCACUGAAGCUCAUCGACUUUGGCCUGGCCAAGCGCUUCAAGCCAGGUGAGCCUGUGCGUACAAAGGCUGGCACGCCCAACUAUGUGGCGCCUGAGGUGCUUUCUGGGCGAUAUGAUGAGAAAGUUGACACUUGGAGCAUUGGUGUGAUCGCCUUCCUCCUCCUUUCCGGCAAACACCCUUUUACAGGAAGGACGGUCGAACAGGUCCUUCAGAAAGUGAAGAACGCAAGUUUUGUCACCGACGGAAAGCACUGGAAGGGGGUGUCGGCCGAUGGUAAAGGCUUUGUUCAGGCCUGCCUGCAAAAGGUGCCAAUGGCCCGGCCUUCAGCUGGGAGCUGCCUCAAGCACAGGUGGAUCGAGCGCUUGGCGGAGAAAGACAUGGAUGGUCCAGUCAUUGGCCUCCAGAUCGAAGGUUUAGCGGCUUUUGGGCGCAUGCACAAAUUGAAGAAGGCCGUCGUCACUGUCAUAGCCGCGCAGAUGUCGGAAGAAAGGAUAGACGAGCUUCGCCGGAUGUUCAUGGCUAUGGACAGAAAUGGAGAUGGAACCCUGACCGUGGUGGAAGUUAAAGACGCCUUGGACAAGGCUGGUAUCGCAAUGCCCGGUAACAUGGAGCAGCUGCUCCACGAGGCUGAUACUGAUGGCUCCGGCGUCAUCGACUACACAGAGUUCCUUGCAGCAACCCUUGACAAGAAGGUGUAUGUGCAGGAGGAUAUUGUCUGGACAGCCUUCAAAAAGUUCGACUUGGACAACAAUGGAAGCAUUGACAUGAAAGAGUUGGCGCAGGUCAUCGGCGACGAGCAAGUAGUUGAAGCAAUGAACCUCAAAGACAGAGGCGACGUCAGCAACUUGGUCCACAUUUUCGAGCAGGUUGACAAAAACGGCGAUGGUAAGAUCGACUUCGAAGAGUUCUUCCAAAUGAUUCGGGGCGUUGAGAACAGCAGUCAGUCGCCAACCUCGGCUGGGGCGGUCAAGCCUGGGGGUCUCCGCGAUUCCCCUAUGCAUAAGCAGAAGGAAGAGCAGAGGCAAAAAAUGAGCAGUCUGCUAGAGGACUUUGACGAAGAUGAUGGGGGCCCGGUUCAAAAGAAGGCCAGCCUGUCUGCAAAGAUCCUCUACUGA